AUGGAACAGGAUCCCGGAUUCAUUGCUGCCGUCGAGGAGGCGAAGCUCGGUCUCUCUGAAGGAGGUGUACCUAUCGGUGCCGCCCUCGUCUCUAAGGAUGGCAAGAUCCUUGGUCGUGGACACAACAUGCGCGUACAGAAUGGAAGCGCCAUCUUACAUGCUGAGAUGUCCGCCCUCGAGAACUCCGGCCGUCUUCCUGCCUCUGCUUAUGAGGGUGCUACUAUGUACACCACACUCUCGCCCUGCGAUAUGUGCACCGGUGCUUGCAUCCUUUACAAGGUGAAGCGCGUUGUCAUUGGCGAGAACAAGAACUUCGUGGGUGGUGAGGAGCUUUUGCUUAACAAGGGCAAGGAGGUUGUUGUCUUGGACAACGCCGAGUGCAAGGAAUUCAUGGGCAAGUUCAUUAAGGAGAAGCCUGAGCUCUGGAACGAGGAUAUCUCUGUCUAA